GAAUUCCAAUUUAUCAAAUGUACUUAACAAUUUUUGAACAUACUAGGGCAAAAAUAUGCAGGCAGUAUUAGCAGACAAACACAUCGAGACACGAGCAUUAGUGGUGGAGAAACCACAAGGCCCUUUUGUUCUACAUGAUGUCAUCUUUGACGAAGUGCGAGAUGAUGAAGUACUCGUUGAAAUAAAAUAUUCAGGUCUAUGUCAUACAGAUCUAGUUGCCCAACAGGGGCUAAUUCCGUUGGCAGGUUUUCCCGUGAUCCUCGGCCAUGAGGGAGCUGGUAUUGUUCGAAGGCUUGGAGGGUGUUUGAAAGACCAGUCAUUAAAAGUGGGCGACCAUGUUCUCUUGAGCUUCAGUUCCUGCAUGAACUGCUCCUACUGCGCUCAAGGCCAAAAUGGCUUAUGCCCCCAGAUGCAUGCCAUCAACUUUACAGGUACUCGACUCGCAGAUGGGAGCAACCCGGCAAGUCUAAGAAACGGCACUAGUAUUCGGAGCAAGUUCUUUGGACAAUCAUCAUUUAGCAAACUUGCUGUUGUCUCUGAAAAUUCAAUCGUCAAAUGUGAGCUGUCUGAUGAGGAAUUUGCAAUUAUGGCACCGAUGGGCUGUGGGUAUCUUACGGGUGCGGGAACGGUAAUGACAGUGCUGAAACCUCGAAAGCAGAGUACUUUAGCCAUUCUGGGUAUGGGAGCAGUCGGCUUGAGCGCUUUGAUAGCUGCGAAGGCUAUGGGAGUUCAACGACUGAUCGCGGUUGACAUUUUGGACACAAAAUUGAGCCUGGCAAAAUCUCUUGGAGCUACUGAUAUUGUCAACUCCAACAACAUUGAAAGCCUCGGGAAAGCGUUACGAGAGCUGGCUAGGAAUGGUGUUGACCAUAUUAUUGACACUACUGGGCUUAGCUUCAUGAUUGAGGAAGGGAUCAAUGCUCUUGGCCAUGGAGGGAGCUUUGCAAUUGUCGGAGCACCCCGUCCCGGCGGAACUAUCACGAUUGAUCCUCUUGAUAUGCUACGUUCCUGUAAGCGGAUAGUCGGUGUUGUUGAAGGAGCAUCGAAUCCUGCUACGCUUAUUCCGGAGCUAAUAAGGUUACAUCGCGAGGGUUUAUUCCCAGUUGAAAGGCUGUCACGGACGUAUUCAGUUACAGAUCUUGACAUAGCUAUUGAAGAUCUAAAAGCAGGAAACAUUGUAAAACCAGUACUAUCAUGGGAAUCUGUAUAG